UCAUUUAUUUUUAACAGCGCCAAAGUUGAAGAGUUUGAAGUACAGAAAGAAAGAAGAAAAGAAAAAAAAAAUGGAGAAACUCGCAAAUUCGUUUUCAGUGUUAGAACUCGACGCCGGCGAUAGUCACGUUCCCACCACCGCAGAUAACAGUGGCAAGGGAGUUAAUCAUGACAUUGGCGUUAUACCAGUAAAGAACAAGAAACAAGAUCAAGAAAAUGCAGUGUUUCCUUCAUUUGAAUACAAGUUACCUCUGGUGUGGAUUGACUUGGAAAUGACUGGUUUAAAUAUUGAAGUGGACAGAAUACUGGAGAUUGCUUGUAUAAUUACAGAUGGAUUUUUAACCAAAACAGUGGAGGGUCCCGAUUUGGUCAUUCAUCAAACUAAGGAGUGCCUUGACAGGAUGGGAGAAUGGUGUCAGAAUCAUCAUGAAUCUAGUGGAUUAACAAAAAAGGUGCAGCAGAGUACCAUUAGUGAAGGAGAAGCUGAAAAGCAGGUUAUUGAAUUUGUAAGGAGAUAUAUUAAAGUUGAUUCGUACACACCUCUCUUGGCAGGAAAUUCAAUAUAUGUUGAUUUUCAAUUUCUGAAGAAAUACAUGCCAAAAUUGGCGAGUCUAUUCUCUCAUGUACUUGUUGAUGUUAGUAGUGUUAAAGCUCUCUGCAUUCGCUGGUAUCCCAAAGAUCAGAAGAGAGCACCAUCAAAAGAAAACAGACACAGAGCCAUGGAUGACAUUAGAGAAAGCAUUGAGGAACUUAGAUACUACAAGGAAAAUAUUUUUAAGCCUAAGUCCAGAAAGUGAUCGGGGUUGCAGAGAACCAACGUGUGAAUGGUUAUGGGCUAGUUUCCAGUUCAAGUGUAAAUGGCUCGUGAUUUUCGAUAGAUUGUAUUGCAAAAUCACAUUUAAAUCUUCAUCGGAAACCCUGAUUUUUCAACAACUCUUUCAAAAUGGAACUGUGAUUGCCUAUUACCAUGUCCAAAGAAAUGUAAAAUAAGUUUUACGUUUUUACAC